AUGAGUUAGGAAGAAGAAGAAAAGAAGCAAGACACUUAAGUAGAAAGCCAAACAAGUUAAGAAAAAUAAAGAAAUUUUUUGAGAAAGCAACACGAAGAGUACUUGCUAUCUUUAGAAAAGUCAAAAGACUUAGAUUCAAUAGGUUACUAUCUUACAGAACACUUACGUAUUGGAGGUGCUUAUUGGAGUCUAAAUGCUUUAGCUUGUUUAGGUAUUAAGCUACCUUAAGAAAAAGUAGAUAAGUUAGUCAAGUGGAUUUUAAGUUGCUAAAAUGAGGAUGGUGGCUUUGGUGGAAACACUCAGCACGAUUCUCAUAUAACUUCGACUCAUUAUGCAAUUUUGACAUUGAUUAUUUUUGAGGAAUUAAAUAAGGUCGAUAUUGACAAAGUUGUAGGGUAUAUCAAAUCUCUUCAGAAAGAGGAUGGAAGUUUUAUGGGUGAUACAUGGGGAGAGGUCGAUACUAGAUUUUCUUAUUGCGCUUUAAGCAGUUUAGCUCUAUUUAAUAGGUUAAAUGAAAUUAAUGUAUAGAAAGCAGCUGAAUAUGUAUUGAGAUGCAGAAAUUUCGAUGGUGCAUUUGGAGGUAGUCCAGAUGCAGAAAGCCAUGGAGCUUAUAUAUUUACAGGAGUUGGGGCUUUAACAAUAGCUGGAUAUUUAGACGCUUUUGACAAAGACUAGCUGGGAUUUUGGCUCUCUGAGAGGCAGACAAGUAAGGGAGGCUUUAAUGGUAGACCAGAAAAAUUAGCAGAUGUUUGUUACUCUUGGUGGAUUUAUUCAAGUUUUAGAAUGAUUUAAAGAGUUAAUUGGAUAGAUUGCUAAGGACUUGAGAAUUUCAUUCUCGAUUGUCAAGACUCUGAAGGAGGUAUUGCAGAUAGACCAGAGAAUUGUGUAGACGUUUUCCACACAUUCUUUGGAAUAGCAGCUUUGAGUCUUCUCAAUUAAUAAAAAUAUGAUUUAGUUCCCAUAGAUCCUACAUUUGCUCUACCUAAACCACUUUUAUUAAAAAACUUCCCUCAUCUUUCUCAUAUUGUGAAUACUUUGUGA